UAUAAAACAGGUUGGGUGGAAAUAGUCUUGGCUCGAAACAGGUAGAAAAAUAACACCUAUGGACAUAGGACUGCGGCCGAUUGUUGCUGCUGACCUAAUUAUUCAGCGUAUGUGGACUGGACUGUAACUUGGUGGAUGCGGUAUUAUCCCGGGGCUCCCAGUAGGUGACGUGACUGUAGAGCCCCACCCUCAGUUUAAAACAGAAAGCACUGAGGAAGCUGUGGUGAAAAAAGUUUCACCUAACAGACUCGCUUUGAGAUUCAAUCAGGACUGUCAGGCCAGCGAGGACAAGUUAGCCGACGUCUACAGUUUUGGUGAUACCUCUGUCUUCGUCCACCAUGAGCACUCAGGCCGCUGAUAGCAAACCUGGUCCAGCAGAAAGUGAGCAGGAGAAGGAGCCGCUGAGGAUCAUGCUUCUUGGAAAAUGUGGUGCAGGCAAGAGCUCGAGUGGGAACACCAUCCUCAAUAAAAUGGUGUUCAGGUCAGAGAUGAAGCUGGGCAGCGUCACUGUUCACUGUGAAAAAGAGUCCGGGGUGGUUGGAGAUAUACCUGUCGAUGUGAUUGACACACCUGGGCUUUUCGAGAAGGGAAGCAACAAGGAGGACAUCAUCCGAGAGAUUCUUCAACGUCUGAAACUCCAGGAACCAGGACCCCACGUCUUUGCAUAUGUUGUUCCUUUAGGAAGGCUGACUCAGGAAGACCAAGACACCCACACGCUGAUUGAAGCAAAGUUUGGCCCAAGAGUGUGGGACUACACCAUCGUGCUGUUCACCCACGGCGAUCGCCUGGAAAACAAAACAAUAAACGACAUCAUUACUGAGAGCGACGAGAACCUCCGCAACUUCAUACGCAAGUGUAGCGGUGGCUUCCACGUCUUCAACAACAAAACCCCGGAGGACCAGAAGCAGGUCACAACUUUUAUGGAGAAGAUCGAGACCCUGGUGGCCCUGAAUGGAGGUAGUUACUACAAGACAGAGCUGUAUCCUGAGAAGGAGAGGAAAAUCAGAGAAAGACAGGAAAGCAUCCUUGCAGAGAGACAAGAAGAAAUCAGCAAAAAGGAGGAAAAUCUGAGGGAGCAUCACAAGGAUGAAGACCUAAAGAAGAAAAAGACAAAGCUGUGGAGACAAGAGGAGGAAAGGGCAAGAAAAGACGCAGAGGGGGAGUUGUGCAGCAAGUCCUACAUCAUGAAGAGCAUCCUGUUGCUGGCUGUAUUGUGUCUACUGUUAUGUUGGGAUCUUGGGGUAGCAGCUAAAUGGCUUUGUGGAAUAGGAAUCAUUUUAAUUGUGGCGUCUUUUAAGAUUUUUCCAAUUAUUAGAAGAAAAAUACCAGGUCUUUCUAAGAAAAAGAAAUAGAUGAGCUUUUACUUUGUUAGUGAUUUAUAGUUCAAAUGUGUGACAGAUGAUAUAUCUAACUGAUUUAAUUAACAAAAAUCAUUUUCAUACAAAUUUGUCUGUCCAUAAUUAGAAAAUAUAGUCAUCUGAUAUCAUCUCAUUAAUCUCAUAUUUAAUCAGAUAACAGAACUGUAAAAAUGCUAAUGAAAACAAUAUUUAAAGUACUACACAAAAGUGUCGGCCUACCACUUUUUCUUUAUAUUUUACUAGGAAAAAAAGUAGAUGCAAGGA